AUGGCGCCUCCAAGUCCUGAUCAAAUAGAAUAUGUUCCAUAUUCGUCUGAAUUACAACUUCCAGGAAUCAUGACCUUAAUAGAGAAGGAUCUCUCUGAACCUUAUUCAAUAUAUACUUAUCGAUACUUUAUCAACAAUUGGCCCAAUCUAUGUUUCAUGGCCUUAGAUAAAACUAGCUCCGAGAGUGAUGUUUGCGUUGGAGUUAUCAUCUGUAAACUGGAUCGUCAUCGAGACGCAUACAGAGGGUAUAUCGGAAUGUUAGCAGUGAAAAAAGAAUACAGGAAGAUGAAGAUUGGAACGUCGUUAGUCAAGAUGGCUAUCAAUGCCAUGAAGAGUCUGAAUGCUGAUGAGAUAGUUUUGGAAACAGAACGCACUAACGUCGGCGCGUUAUCAUUGUACCAAAACCUGGGGUUUUUACGUGAUAAAAGACUAUAUAGAUACUAUUUAAACGGAGUAGAUGCAUUUCGGUUAAAGUUAUUCUGUCGAGGUGGAGGGAAUGAAGCUGGAGCUGGAUCUGCGACUAUGAGUAAAGAGUUGGAAGACAAGAUGUAUGAGCAGAAUAGAAUGUCUGAUGAUCCGAAGACGAAACGACAAGAAAAUUGA